CCAAAGCCUAAACAGACAGGAAUCUCACAGCAGUUGCGAUGUUUCCUAAUACACAGCUGAAGUGGACACUUCUUCUUUUUGGUCUGUUCCUGGUGUCUAGUGAAUCUCGCACAUGUGACAAGGGACUUGAAAGAAGAAACAACAGCUGUGUUGAUGAGGAUGAGUGUGUGACGCCGGGUGUGUGUGGCAAUCACGCUCAGUGUGUAAAUACACCUGGAAGCUACUCCUGCUCCUGUAAUGAAGGAUUUCAGUCAACAACACCCAACUUCACAGCAGCAACGGGACAGUGUAGGCAUAUUAAUGAGUGUGUUGAGGAAACACAUGAUUGCUCAGGUGAUCUGGAGUGUGUGAACACCAGGGGCUCCUACAAUUGCUCGUGUCGAGAUGGAUACCGGCCUUCAAAACUGGACGCAGAUUGUUUAGACAUCGAUGAGUGUAGAGAUGAUCCAGAUGUUUGCGGCACAAACGCACACUGCUACAAUAAUCAAGGAGGAUACAGCUGCAAAUGUCACCAGGGUUACAGUAACUAUGGCAACGGCCAGUCAAAAUGCACUGAGAUGGUGCAUUUCUGUCUGGCUAAUGAAUGAGUCUCAUUUGUUCAUGAUCUCAUCCGGUUUCUGGAGAACAGAUCAGAUGUCAUUCUGAUCAUAUGUUUGAAUGCCCGUUUCCUCUUUUUUGUCUUCUCAAAUAUAAUUCAGAAAGUAUUUGGUGUUUUGUUUUCUAGUUGUUCAUGAAAACAGAAGGUGCUGCACUUUCUUUCUCAUUUCAUUUCUAAUGUGCUUUAUUGGUAUGACAAAUCUUACAAUGUGUCACCAAAGCAUGUAUAAUGUUUAUGAUGAAUCUUGAACAGAU